AUGGGUCACGAAGAUGCCGUCUACCUUGCCAAGCUCGCCGAGCAGGCUGAGCGAUAUGAGGAGAUGGUUGAGAACAUGAAGAUUGUCGCCGGUGAGGAUCGAGAUCUCACUGUCGAGGAGCGAAACCUUCUCUCCGUUGCCUACAAGAACGUCAUUGGCGCCCGCCGUGCCUCCUGGCGCAUAGUCACCUCUAUCGAGCAGAAGGAGGAGUCGAAGGGCAACUCUUCUCAGGUUACCCUUAUCAAGGAGUACCGACAGAAGAUUGAGGCCGAGCUUGCCAAAAUCUGCGACGACAUUCUCGAGGUUCUCGACCAGCACCUUAUUCCCUCUGCCAAAUCUGGCGAGUCCAAGGUUUUCUACCACAAGAUGAAGGGCGACUACCACCGUUACCUUGCCGAGUUCGCCAUCGGUGACCGCCGCAAGGACUCUGCCGACAAGUCCCUCGAGGCCUACAAGGCUGCUACUGAAGUUGCCCAGACUGAGCUUCCUCCCACUCACCCUAUCCGUUUGGGUCUUGCCCUUAACUUUUCAGUUUUCUACUACGAAAUCCUCAACGCCCCUGACCAGGCUUGCCACUUGGCCAAGCAGGCAUUUGACGACGCUAUUGCUGAGCUCGAUACCUUGAGUGAGGAGAGCUACAAGGACUCUACACUGAUCAUGCAACUGCUCCGCGACAAUCUUACCCUCUGGACCUCCUCUGAGGCCGAGACCUCCGCUGCUGGUCAGGCCGAGGCUCCCAAGGAGGAUGCACCUGCGGCCGCCACCGAGGAGCCAGCUGCCCCGGCCGAGGAGCCUAAGGCCGAGUAA